CCUGUUGUAGGGGCAGCCCUUGAAGGCCAAGACAGUGGAAGAGGUCUCAGUCAGCGGGAUUUGGACCUGAUGAAGAUACAACCAUGGAUGAAGAGGAAGCGCUCAACUCUAUUAUGAAGGACUUGGCCGCCCUCGGCAAAUGUGGAGGCCUCUUGGACGGUCAUAGGAACAAGAGCCACAUCCAUUCCAGUAAACAGUUGCGGAAUGCCAGGAUCAAAUUUGAACAUGACGGAGAGAAAAGGAUCAUCCAGUUCCAGAGGCCAGUCAAAUUCAAAGAGGUUCUGCAGAAAGUCAUGGAUGCUUUUGGACAGAUGAUGGACUUGCACUAUGCCAACAAUGAGCUCCUGAUUCCUCUGAAAUCGCAGGAAGACUUGGACCGGGCUGUGGAACAUUUGGAUCUGAGCCCUUCUCUCAAGAGCCUGCGAGUGUUUGUGAAAACUCCAAAGAAAACAAAUCCUCUGCAGCCCAACAACAGCAAGCAGCACGAGAUGAGGAUAUCCAAGUCGAUGGGCGAUAUCAUGGGGUCCCUGUACAAAGACGCGGAGAGGACGCGGAAGCACUCCACAGGCUCCCUGCACACGGGCCGGAGUUCUCCGCCCCCGGGGAGCGUUCCCGAAGAGCAGCAGCAGAUCGCUCGUCAGGGCUCCUACACCAGCAUUAACAGCGAAGGGGAGUUCAUUCCAGAAACGAUGGACCCAAACGUGCUGGAGCCAUUUAUCAGCCCAGAUGACUCUCUCUCAGGAAGUUGUCAAUCUUUGGACAGAUCCAUAGACAGCCCUCCCUUUAACCAAACACCUGUUCCAAGAAGGACAAGCCAAGCCAAAGACAGCCUGGAUUGCUUAGAUUUUGAUAUCUCAUUUUGUGACAGAUACGGGAAGGGAGGGACCUUUCCAAGACAGUAUCACCUCUCCCAGAGUCGCAAGGACUACAGUGAUGGCCGAAGAACCUUCCCCAGAAGUUACGCUCCCCCGGAGAAUCUCUUCCAGCUUGUGCCGUCCAGCCGGACGAAGAGCUUCAAUGGGGAUAACAAGCUCAUCACCUUGCGGUAUGAAGAUCGUGGGGGUACCAAGUGGUGGCACAGUUGCGACAAAAUCUUCCAAGGCCUCAGCUCGUCCCCUGCCAAGACAAGGAACACGCUGCAGGCACCGGUGAACUGGAGGCUGGGAAAGCUGCUGGGCCGGGGGGCCUUUGGAGAGGUCUACCUUUGCUACGAUGUCGACACUGGCCGGGAGCUAUCAGUAAAGCAGGUGCCCUUUGACCCCGACAGCCAAGAGACGAGCAAAGAGGUGAAUGCCUUAGAAUGUGAGAUCCAGCUCCUGAAAACCCUUCGCCACGAGCGGAUAGUUCAGUAUUACGGCUGCUUGCGAGACCCCGAGGAGAGGAAACUGUCCAUCUUCGUGGAAUACAUGCCAGGGGGUUCCAUUAAAGACCAGCUGAAAGCGUACGGGGCUCUGACGGAGAACGUCACCCGGAGGUACACCAGGCAGAUCCUGCAAGGUGUUUUCUAUCUGCACAGCAAUAUGAUUGUACACAGAGAUAUCAAAGGUGCCAACAUUUUGAGAGAUUCCUCUGGGAAUGUGAAACUAGGAGAUUUUGGUGCCAGCAAACGGAUUCAGACAAUCUGCAUGUCUGGAACAGGGAUGAAGUCCGUCACGGGGACUCCGUACUGGAUGAGCCCUGAGGUGAUCAGCGGAGAAGGAUACGGAAGGAAGGCCGACAUUUGGAGUGUGGGCUGCACUGUGGUAGAGAUGUUGACUGAAAAGCCACCCUGGGCAGAAUUUGAGGCGAUGGCCGCCAUUUUCAAGAUCGCAACGCAGCCCACCAAGCCUCAGCUUCCAGAUGGCGUCUCGGACUGCUGCCGCAAUUUCCUCAAGAUAAUCUUUGUGGAAGAGAAGCGGAGGCCCACGGCAGAAGAAAUUCUGAGGCACUCUUUUGUGAACUUCAGCCUCUAGUUAGGUUUUCCCGUGUGAGGAAGGGCAAAAACCAAAGGUCCACACGAUAAC